CUUUAAUCAUCCUCAUAUAAAAUCAAAAAUGUAGGAAAUGAAUUUCUUGACGCUUAUCAAGCUGUUGAAAAAUGAGUCGGCAAAUUACUACCAAUAGAUAAUUUUUUUUUUGUUGAACAAGGAUUAUUAACUGAUAACACCACUAGAAUAAAAGCAACAUAUCUACACUUAAUUGUGUAGAAUGUUCUAACAAAGAAGUAGCAGUACCUUCGUUACCACAUCGUCGAAUUUUCUUCAUAAGAAAUCAUAAUUCAGAUUGACAAUUAGCUUCAAUGUAGACAGGAAUAUGGAUUUUGAAAUUGAUAUCAACGAAAUAUUAAACCAAAUACGACAUAAAAAGGAAAAUGAUCUCGAUAAUGAUAAGAAUUCAUGGUUGUAUUUAAAAGAAUUCAUGAAAAUAAUAACAAAUAAUACAAAAAUAAGGGAUCAAAAAUCACUCCUUGCAUCUCAUGCUUUUUUUAAAAUCAAUGCAGAAAUACAUUCAGAUAUUUUUCAUCAAGUCCAAUAUAUUUUACAACAAACUACUAAUAUUAAAUUUUUAAAUGAAUCAUUUGAUAUUCUUGAUUCAAAAUGUUUUCAAUUAACAUUUAUUCAUGGUUAUUUACUUGUAAUUAAUGAAAGUCUUUUUAAUUACGACGAUUUUAUUUCUUGUUUUCAAAUAAUUGAAAAACAUUGCAUUAUCUAUACUCCAUAUACUUAUUUUGCUUUUAAAGUACUUAAAGAAUGGUUAACCAGAAGUGUUUAUCUUAAAUUUUGGAGUAAUAAUGAACAUAAUAAUGAAAUUGAAAAUAGACUGGAAACAAUUAUAUUCUCUAAUUGGGAUAACAGUAUUAAUGAUGUUGCAAAGUUAAAUAAUUCACAACUUUUUGCAAUAUAUUUAAAAAUUAUGGAAGACAAAUAUCAUGGAUACAUAGAAUAUGUUUUUUCAACUUGUAGUAAACAGUUAUCUUGGGCAAGUACAAAAAAAUUUACUAUUCUAACAGAAGUUUGUAAAGUAUGGAAUAGUAUUCCACAAUUCGAAAAUCAUGAAAUAAAAGAAAUUAUUGAGAGUUUAACUAGAAGUCAAUUAAAACAUGUAUCAACAAAAUUUUAUCUUUCUCUUCUUAAUAAAUUGGAUGAAACACAAUGGACUAAAUAUUUUUUGAGUAAUUUAAUUUUGGUUUUUACUACAUGGGAGCAAGAGGGAAAAAUGAAUGCAUUACAACUCUUGUGGGAUCUUUGGAUGAAGCCUACUUUGAAUAAAUUUAGAAACGACUCUGGAUUAUUGUCAAAGUUGUGUUUAUCAUUUUGCAAAGAAAAACUGGUCAUAUGUCAAUCAUAUUUAGCUAGAAUAUCUAUUGAAUUGAAUAUCUCUUGGAACGAUGUAACUUCAUUGUUAUUCAUUGACGAAAGAAACAGAAUCAUACACGAGCACUAUCUAUUUACAACUCAUAAUGAAGAAAAUAUAAGAUUGAAUAUUAUUACGUAUCAUUGUAAUAUCAAAGAAACCUAUGAAAUCAUCAAUUUUGAAAUUAUUAAACGUUUCCUCUAUUACAAUGUCAAAACGACUUCUGUUAAAUUGAGAAAAGGAAUUUUCAAUAAUAUCGAAAUUCUUAUUGAUCGAAUUAGCAAUUCACCAUGGACCCAACAAUUAUCUGAAUUUAUUUAUUGGUUAAUUGAUUUUAUUUUGGACUGUUUGGAACCUGGAUCAUGUUACCAAAGAAAGAUUAUUGGAUUAAAGUUAUAUGAAAUAAUAUUAAUGUCAGCUAAUCGAAAAUUGACUACUCAAAAACCCAAUUCAUUUUAUUAUCGAGUAACACAAUAUGCUGGUAAAUGGAAAUUAAAUAACAAAAAAAGUUUGUUAAUUCUUCUUCGAUUGUGUUUAGAUCCUAUAGAAGAAAUUCGAGAAGUUGCAUCUAAAAUUAUAAAAAAUUUUUUCGAUAUGACAAUUUUAUUACCUGAAGAAAUAAAUUCAUUAACUUCUAAAGCUAUUGAAAUGAAUAAAUCUUUGAAGUUUUAUGAAUUAACUGCCGGAGUAAAGUUAUUAUUAUUAAUUUCACAAGUUCCGAGCAAAAAUAAUUUUUUCUAUCAUGAUAAUCCACAAAAUUUGUAUGAAUAUUUGCUUAAAAAUGCUCAAAGUAGUUUUGAUCUGAUGAAGAAAGAUUUUUUAAAAGCUCUAGCUAAUGAAUGCAAUUUUAAUGCUUCAUUGAUUGCUAUUUUACAACUGGGUUCAAAUAAUAAUUCAAUGAAUUCUUUUCAAAGCAUUUCUGUCGACUACUUCACUAGACUGUUGGAUUUAUUAGAAGAAGCAACAGUAUUUUUCUUAUCAGCAUUAUCACCGAAAUCAAGUAAUAUCUCUUACUCUUCAUCAUUUGCAGAAAUGGCUGUAGCUAUAGAAGAAUUAAUAAAAAGUAGUGUAAUCAAGCAAGAUAUUAAUAAUGCUGUCGUCACUCCUGCACAUCAAGCAGUCAUUUCAACUAUCUGGAUGGCUUUAAAGACAAUAAGUGAAUUAUGUGCUAAAAUAUCGACAUUAUCAUUAAAAUUUGAUGAAUUAAAACGAUCAGUAGAUUUAAUUACUUCUAUUUUAAUGAAGUGUCGUCACAAAGGAGCUAUAGAAGCUGCUGGAAGUGCUCUUGCUGAAUCAAUGCGUCAUCUAACUAAAACAAAUAAAUUUGAUCAUGUAUUUGAUACAUAUUUAGAUAAAUUAUUAAAUUUGAAUUCAAAUGAUCAAAUUAAUUUAACUCGACGGGGAGCUGGAUUUUCAAUAAUGUUUCUCAAUAUUAUAAGUAACGAUAAAAAAAGAAGAAUUAUUCAUAUUGCUAUUAAAAAAAUUUUAAAUUCACUUAAUGAUUCAGAUAAUAGUAUCAAUACAUCAAGUAAGUUUAUUGAUUCAAAUCAAGAUUCCCCGCAAGCACGUUUAUUACAUUUUUUACGAUGCAUUGUUGCUGAUAAAAGUCUUCUUGAAGAUUUAAUUUUUUACAUAGAAGAUAUUGCAUUAGUUGCUGUUAGUAAUCUUCAAUCCUCUGAAUGGGCUAUCAGAAAUGCUAGUUUACAACUUUUAGGUGCAGUAAUUCCACGUAUUGUUGGACAAACAGGUGAAAAUGAAUUAAUAUUUGGCACUGGAUAUCUAAUUAAUCAUUUUAUAACUCAUUAUCCAACGUUAGCUGCGUUAAUUCUCAAAAGUCUUAGUCAUGAAAAUGAUUUUAAAACUACUAAUAUUCUUGUACCACUGUUGAUAAUGUUAUCUAAAAUGUCUGUAGAUGGGACAGAAUUUACAGAUUAUUCAUCAAAAGAAUAUGUUGAUAAAUUAAAAAUACAUCUACAACAGUUAUUUAGUCAUCCUGUAGAGCAUGUACGAUUUUUAGCUGCUAAAACAUAUGCUGCUCUGAUACCAAUGAACUAUUUGGUUACAGAAUUAGCUAAUAUAAAUACAAAAAAUGAUGAAAAAUACAGUAAAAAUUAUAUACAUGGAAAUUUACUUUCUCAAAUCAGCAUUAUUCAAAUGAUAGAAUACAAAUUUAUAUUCCUCAAAAAUAUGUCAACAUAUGAUAAUAAAAUUAUUCGGAGAAUUUUUGAAAAUAAAAUAAAAAGAAGUGCAAUAUUCAUUUCAAAUUGGAAUGAAUAUCAUAAAAAUGAAAAACCAAUUAAUUAUGUUAUCGAAGCAGCUUUUUUACAAAGUAUUGUAAGCUUUCCGUUAUUAAAUGAUGAUAAAAUUUUACAAUCAUUUGAAUUUGGAAAGUAUUCUACAUAUUUAAUACAUAAACUUAUAAUGUUUCCUCGCCAAUCAACAUAUAAAGAAAUAGGAUAUUUCGAAUUAUUUUAUCAAUUUUUAAAAAUUGGAAUUCGUAUGAAUUUUAUUCCAAAUGAAAGUAUUUUGUCUAGUUUUUGGAAAUUUUGUUCGUUAUAUAACUGUCAUGAAAGGAUUGAAAAUAAUUUUUGGAAUUAUUUUUCUAAAUUAAUAGAUAAAGUGUACAAAUAUGACAAACAUCGAAUGGUCAAUUAUAUAUAUUCAACUUUUGAUACUAUAACUAAAGAUGAUUUGAAUGACAAUGAAAUAAUGGAAUAUUUAAAAGCAAUUCUUAAUAUUAUUAGAAUUAGUAAAGAUAAUAUCUUAAGCUUAUGGACACGACCUUUAUUUAUGAAAAAUUUCUUUUUAAGACUUGAUUCAAUGAUACAAAAAUCUAAAUUCAAAAAAAUACAUUUAUUAUGUCGGUCGUUACUUGUCCUUAUUCUGAAUCAAAUGAAACCAUGUUCUAGACAUUGUCAAGAAAUCAAAGAUAAAUUUUAUAGUAGACUAUGUAAUACUUGUAAAUGUUUAAUACAUUUUGAUGAUAUUAUUGAUGCAGUUUAUGAUCUAGAUGUAGAGAGAAGAAAAUGGGCUAUUGAUAGUUUAAAGAAUCUAGAUUUAUGUAAUUUAGAUUUUAGCUUUAAAAGGAGAAUUAUUGAACCAUUAAUAAAGUUAGUAAGUGAUGAAAACGAAGAAAUUCGUACAUUGUUUUGUAAAGAUGUAUUAGAAAGAAAAAAAUUAUAUAACAUUCGUAAUUUUUUAGACAAAGAUCAAUUUGAAGAAAUAUUUUCCGAUAAAUAUAUUGAACCACAAUUUGAAUCGAAUUAUUUACAGAUUCCAGAAUAUUAUUUUCAUCAAGUUAUUAAUGUAACAAUAAUUCUUCAGUUUUAUUGUUCAAUUAAAUUCAAUGACUUUCCAGACAGUAAUUAUAUUCUUGACUUAAUUAAUAAAAUUGUCCAGAAAAGCCAGAAUUAUCAAAUUUUAAAAAAAGAAAUAGAAAGUCCAUUCGAUCAUGACGAAACUUAUUUUGAAUGUACCAAAUUCUUAAAUAUUUAUUUUAGCUUGAAUUCUCAAUAUUAUCCAUAUUUCAUAGGAUCACUUAUCACUGAUAUAAAAUACAACGAUAUAAUUGAAACCGGAAAUCUUUCUUACGAACAUUAUAUUACAGCAAGAAUUCAAAAGGGUAAGAGUUUAGAAAUUGAUAAUAUUUUAAAUAUACAAACUAAUGAAUAUGUUAAUUUUAAAUGGAGUUCUAAUUGUUUAAAAUAUAAAGAAAAUCAUCAUAAUUAAUUCAAGCGCAAAGGAUUAUAAAAAAAAUUGUCGAAAAUAGAGUUAAGGUAUUUAUAUAUAUAUAUAAAACCUAAAUCUUAUAUUUUAAUAGCUCAUAAUGUGGCAACAUAUCUCAAUAAUUAUCUUUAUUUAAACUAAGUUAGUUAUAAUUAACAUUCUUAAUAUUUUUGAGUAAUUACUAUAAACUAAUAUAAAUUAUCAAUGUAACAUUAUAAUUUUCUAAGUGAUUAAUGGUUAAUAAAGGAAUAACUAAAUUAUUUUAUGACUUUUAGGUUUUUUUUUUUUCGAAAACACUUAACUUUUUAACAUUUUUAAAGAACCAAUUAUCCGUACACGGA